AUGAAGACGCAGCGCGGCGGGAGGAGCGGCGGGAGGAGCCGGACCCGGGGCUUCACGCUCGCUCUACUGGCGCUCUCGGUGGCCGCCGCCCGCGGUCUGCAGAGUCAGGGCGUGUCACUGUACAUUCCACAGUCAGUCAUCAAUGCCACCGUCCAAAAAGACAUCCUGCUCUCAGUAGACUACUCUUGCCAUGGGGUGCCCACCAUUGAAUGGAAGCACACGUCUCAUUGGGGUGUGCAGAAGGUCGUGGAGUGGAAACCAGGGACCCCAGCCAACAUCUCUCAAAGCCACAGGGACAGAGUCUGCACCUUUGACAAUGGCUCCAUCCAGCUCUUCAGCGUGAGCGUGAGGGAUUCUGGCUACUAUGUCAUCACUGUCACAGAGCACCUGGGGAGCAGCCAGUUUGGCACCAUUGUGCUACAGGUGUCUGAGAUCCUGUAUGAAGACCUCCACUUCGUGGUCGUCUUCCUGGCUUUGCUUGCUGCCGUGGCUGCAGUCCUGAUCAGCCUCAUGUGGGUGUGCAACAGGUGUGUGUAUAAAUUCCAGAGGAAGAGGAGGCACAAACACAAAGAAAGCACCACUGAGGAGAUCGAGCUGCAGGAUGCUGAGUGGUAGCCAAGGCUGGACCAUCUACAUUGCUACCUCAAGAGGAAAAUAGUACUUCCCAAUCAGAGAAACAAGCUGAGUGGGUCUGCUGCCGUCUCCAGCAGACCCGUUCUGCAGCCUCCUGAUGGGACAGGAAGAAGCUGGAGAUGACGCCUUGCAGUCAGUUCUAGGACUGACAUGACAUUCGAGAAGCUUGGGGCUUUCAACUAGGAACUCUGCUUGGCUGCAGCUUUGGGGCCAUGCUGAUCCUUAAGUAAUGGCACAGGCUGGGGCUAAGGCAGGCAGACCUGCUGGAGGAGUCCAUCUCCAGGGCCAGAAUGCCUACAGAAUGACCGCUGUGCUGGCUGGCGAUGGGCCAUGCUCCUGUCUGAUCUGCAAACCAUUGCACCCACCGUCCCUGACUCACCACCCUUAAAACUGCCGUGGAGCGAGCUAAUGUGAGCAAGCCUGAAGCGUCCAGAUAGUCUGCUGAGGGAUCUGGGGUGCUGGGGUGCUGCGGUGAGUGCUAGGAGCCGGAGCCUUAGGGAGAGCGGCUGAGUGCUCCCUGAGGGACUAGCUUUCGGACAGGAAGCAGGAAGAUAUGCAUGUUUCUCAUCUUCCUUCAUUCAAAACGAUUUUCCUCACAUGGCCUGCCUGGGUGAUGGAGGAAAACACGGCUCAUCUCGACCAGGCGCAGCAUCCAGCCUCCCAGCCAGAUGGGCAACUCAACUUGAAAAAUCCGCCAUGUCUGCUCCUCAGUCACCAACACCUCACAUGUCCAGUCAGGCCCUGGGCUGAGGAGCACACGGCCUUUGCCUACCUCAGUUAGGGCAUCUACGCCCAGAGUCAGCCUAGAGCUCUGAGUGGCUAAGAA